AUGACUCACUCCUCGUGGACCGAGGAGCUCGGGCUGCCGGCAGCAGCCGGGGGGGAAGGCAGCGGGCGGGGAGAGACGCCUGCUCCAGUGCGGGGCCAUCUCGCUGGCCGGUGCAGCCGAAGGCGCCGCGCCCCCGGCUCCGCAGGCAAAGGGGCGGUGCAAGGGGGCGGACUGAACGGGGCCUUGCGGCGCAGGACCGGGAGGAAGCAGCCGCUGCCGGGUCCCGCCCCUUCCCGGCAUCCCUGGACGCUGCCGGCAGGCGGGAGGCUGCGGCGCCCGGGCAUCCCUCCUCCCUUCCCUGCGGCGAUGCUGCUGGUGCUGCUGGGCGCGGGGGCCGCGCUGUUCGGCCUGCUGGACGCCUGGUACCUGCUGCGCCUGCCGCUGGCCGUGCUGCGCGCCCGGUGGCUGCAUCCCCGGCUGCGGGACGUGCUGCAGGAGCAGAGCUGGCCGGGCCUGGUGCUGCCCUCGGACCUGGACUGCCUGCUGCACAUGAACAACGCCCGCUACCUGCGCGAGGCCGACCUGGCGCGCUGCGCCCACCUGGCGCGCUGCGGCAUCUUCAGCGCCCUGCGCGCCCUGGGGGGCAGCCUCGCGCUGGCCGCCUCCUGCGCCCGCCACCGCCGCCCGCUGCGCCUCUUCGAGCGCUUCGCCGUGCGCACCCGCCUGCUGGGCUGGGACGCCCGCGCCUUCUACCUGGAGCAGCGGUUCCUGAGCCCCCGCGACGGCUUCGUCUGCGCCCUGCUGCUCUGCCGCCUGCACGUGGCCGGCAGCAGCCCCGGGCGCCUGGUGCAGCACCUGUACCAGAGACAGGUGGACUCCCCAGAACUUCCAGAGGAGGUGCAGCAUUGGAUCAGCUACAACGAAGCCAGCAGCCAAAAGCUAAGAGCUGAAAGCGGCCUGGGAAUCAAUACCAAGGAUGAGUAACCAGAUGUUGUUUUCCCCCACCUGUCCUUCUCCAGACUGCAAUAGACCUGUGCUUCAAACAGACCCAAGUCCUGUACUCACUGCAGGUGCUCUUUCUCAUCAGCUUCCCUGCUUAUGCCGCUGCGGAUAAGAGACUGAUCCAGAUUGCCAUCAGCUUCCUAGACAAACAAGCCAAAUGGCUGGCUAGGAAAGGACCCCCGGAAACCCUAUUAAGUUGGUGAAAGCCCUCUCUGAUCUCAGUUGGUACAGUGAGCUCGGUGGUGGCUGGGUAGCACCUAGAGCCCCAGGACAGUGGGGAGUGGCACCUUUUGGUCUUUAGAAGGGAGUUUUCACUCAAAAACGUUAUUUCCAGAGGCUGGUAACGUCAGGAAAACAAAACUUUGGUGCAGCCCAACCUGCAGGGGAUCUGGGGCAUCAGCACAUCUAACAUCCUCCCCCGCAGGAAUUUGAAACAGCCACCCCCACUGGCUGAUGUGCUGAUGCCUCCACUGUACCCACAGUCCUUUGCAGUAGCCCUGCCUCCACACGCCUUCAGUCACUAACACUGCCAGCAGAGGGAGCCCAGGACCUGCUCAGUAACAGGCUCCGUGAAUGAAAAACCUGCUGAUGUAUUGCAAAAGAUAAAGGUACCCCAUGGUAUGCCAGGCUUAUGCCCAAUAGCACUAUUUAGAAAACCCUGACCCCAGCCGCAUUCAUUUAUUAACAACCCUAUCCUAGGAUUUGUCUGUAGGGAAAUACAUCAGUGCCGUGGGGGGGGAGGCUAACGUGGUGUUUGCAAGUAAAUAAGGCUUCACCACAUACAUAUGUUGUCUCCGUCUUUAGACAGAAUGAAUGUGAUCACCAGGGUUAUUCCAAGCGUAUUUCGGAGCAGUAGGUUAGGACUAGGAGCCUCCUGCGUUCCCAUCAUGGCUGUACCACUGAAUUACUAUGUGACUGAGGUCACACAAUCUCUCUGUGUCCUGAAUUACUCAGCUGUGAAAUGGAGAUGCUACCUACCUACCUCCCAGGGGUGGGUGUGAGAACUACCGUAAUUCACUGAUGUUUCUGAAGUGCUUUGAAGAGGAAAAGUGCAGCGCAUGUGCUAAAGUAUCCCCUGGCCCUGCUUUUCUUAUCUCUGUAGCUGCAAAAUCUCUGUAGCUGCAAAUGGGUUGUGCCUCUUCUUGAAAUCCUGAUCUACACAAAGUCCUAGGAGUGCUGGUUCAAGGUGUUAGCUAAGAGCUUUCCUAAUGCCUUCUAAAAGGUCGUAGUGUAGACAAAGCGGUGUAUACGGCACAUGGUAAUAUCUACACUAGACUAUUAGAACAUGUCAUAAUGUCUUAGCUAACAACACACCGUGAAAUCCUAGUUGAGGUGAAGCCUUUGAGUUUCUGCACUUGGGAAAAUUGGGACUGUAACACUCCACUGGUAGUGUAGUUGUAAACAGGAUUCAGAGCAGGGUUAGAGGAUGCUGGGGUAAAAACAUGGGAGCCCAUUCAGUGCUACAAUCUCCCUUCAUUGGUACGAACCAUUGGAGCGGCAGGAAAAACACAAAUGGCCCCAGCGUAGACAUGACCCAGGUGUUGCAACCUGCUUUAGAGCAGGACUCAGGGAAUUCAGGUCCCCUUUGCCCAUGUAAGCAAACAGGGCAAUUUCCUUUCUGAUUGUUGGAUAUUUGAUUCUAUUUAUAUUUAGAACAGUUCUUGUUAUGUACUUUGUAAAUGGAAGAUUGCUGUAUAUUACGCUAACGUUUUCCUCUUAUGAGCACUUUACACCAGAACUGUAUUGAGGGAACAUGCUUGGAAGUGUGGCUAACCUGUGAAUUUGUGCAUGUGUUCUGUAAUCUAAAUACCACCGCUUCCUGCGGUGGUCUGAACCCAGACAGUGAGAUAGCUGUGAAUUGCCUCUGAAUAUAUAUUUGCCUCUUCUAAUGGU